CCGAAUAGCAGAUGGCUGCGGCCACCGGAGAGCACCCCCUCGCUCCGUCCGUGGCCGAGCCAGGCGGCGGGGGAGGCGCGGGGGGGGGCUGCCGGGCCCCGCCCCUUCCUGUGGAAUUUCCCCGCGGGGACGGGAGCCAUAAAAGCGGCGGCGAGCGGAGCGGCCAGACCCGCGGAGGCAGCAGCAGCAGCAGCAGCCAUCGGCAGACCGAGCGGCAGCGGCGUGGCCCGCGGCGACACGAGAGGAGCCGGCGGCUUUCCCGUUUCAGCCGUGCCAAGAUGUGGAUGGUGCUGCCCCCCUCAGGUAUAUUUCAGUACAUCAAGAAGCUCUUCCUGACUGAGCAAGCGGGCCGGGCUCAGGUGGUGGACUUCCUGCGUAAGAAUGUGGCUAAUUCCAUCUCCAUGGCGAACCUUGUCACGGGCCUCUUCUCCAUCUUGUGCACCCUCAACGGGCUGCACCAUUCCGCAUGCUGGCUGGUGCUGAUCGGGUUCCUGCUGGACCUGGCCGAUGGAGCCGUCGCCAGGCAGCUGAACGCCUGCUCCGCCUUGGGAGCUAAACUGGACGACUUUGCAGACUUCACCACCUUCGGCCUGGCUACGGCCCUGCUCUUGCAGGCCCACGGGAUCCUGGACGGGGUGCUGGCCAUCGUGUACGUGCUGGCCGUGUUCACACGCCUGUGCUUCUUCUCCAGUGGGAUCCCCUUCACGUACCGGGGCCUGCCUUGCCCGUACGGCUCCUCGGUGCUGGCUUCCACCUACCUCCUAACCGGGGGCAACCUCCUGGUGAUAAGGAUUGUUGCCAUGGUGAUGAUUCUCUUCAUGGUGGAUCGGGGCUGCUACCCUCACGACAAAGUCCUGGAGUCCCAGGCUUGGAAGAAGGUGGUGUACGUGGGAGGGGUCGUGGUGAUUUUCUUCGCUGCCUUCCCCACAGCCUCGCUGUAUUAUCUCCUUUGGGCCAUUUCAUACAUCUGUUUCCCCACUGCCUUGUGGAGCCACAAAGCGUGAGGCUGGCCGACGCACUGCACAGGUGACGUUGGCUUCGUGCGCAGCUGCGGUGAAAUGUCCGAGGCAGCCCUGCCCUUCCGACCGAGCGAUCCAGUGUUAACAUCCAUGAGUUGCCUAAACCUUACUAAAGCUUUCACCGUCCUGACUUGAACAAAAUGGCUUUGGGGUGUCUCCAUCACAUCCUCUCGCGCUGUGUCCUCCACGCAGGAGGGCUGUCUGGGGAGCGCAGCGGCCGCUGGCUGCCAGGUGAACAGAAAGCAUCACCCUCCGAGCCUCAUCUUCGGCGUAGAUGUGAAUGUACAGAUUCUUGAUAAACAAAGAACACUCUAGAGACUUAAGAGAAAGUCAUUUUUAGAUUUUUAAAAAAUCCUCGGUGUAACAUGUUGAUGGCUUCUGGGAGCUUCCUUCUGCUCCGUGCUCUGCACUACCUGGCAGGAAUGCUCUUCUGUCCCAGAGAAGGAGACCCCGCACUCCCUGCCCACGGGCAGCCACCUUUGCCUGGGAAACCUUGGGGAGGGGGAGGGGGCAGCGCUUAAAGGGAGCGUGCAGGCAUCUUGGGUUUGUUCAGAUGUGCAACACAACUCAGAGCACCUCUCAGGAGUUAAUUCUUACUGUUUUGGGACCAAAACAGGGUCUGUGGUGAAGGAGGAACCACUUUGGCUCUCAAGGCCAAAGUCCACCUCCCUCCUGUGGCUUUUUUGGCCUUCUUUGAUCUCUCCAGGUUGCCCAACUCAGACUAUCCCAUCCCAAAUGCAGACCCAUUGAAACUACAGAGACUUAACCUUUCAUGCCUCUUCAAAGAUUCCAGACAAUGUCCAGUUUUACUUGGAGGAUCACCAGCCAAGCGAUAGCUAAGAACCUUCAUCCUGGCCAGUUUCCAACCUCUGCAGAGAUGCUUGUGGGCAUCUGAGCAGAUGCUCUGGGAGGUGGACUUGAAGCCAGCUCAGAGAUUUCUCAGUUAUUCAGCAUCAAGACGCUGAUCCAGCCGAGUCCACCAAUCCCACAGAAACCAGUCAGAGGGGCUGUGACAACACAGAACCGCCUUUUAGGGAAUGUCCAACGGUCCUGCGGGUCUGAAAAAAGCUCUGGCUGGACCUUUUACCGCCACACAGCUCUCUCGUUUCUUUGCAUUCAGUUUCCAGGCUCUGGCACAUAAAUUACUUCUGUAUUAAAUAGCCCUGUAUGAUAUGUCUGCCAUCAGGACAGAGCAUAGCAUUUCCCUCACCCCUUAAAGGAGACAAAAGGCCAUUGAGCUGCUUUCCUUAUCAAGAAUGCCAGUCCCUGCACAGAAACACCUGGAGGGCCUCUGAAAGCUCAGUCCCCGCCCCACCCCGCUCCUGACAAAGGUCAGUGGGUUGCACCCCAGAAGAUGACUCUCUUUUUGCUUACCUAAAAACUUGCUAGGCUCCUGAGUGCUUUGGCCUCUCCUUUGAGGCAAAGCCCUGAUUACUUAUUUGCAUGAAGCCAGCAAGUGGAUUUGCUGCUGUCCAAACAGAACAAAAACUCCCCGUGUGGGGGAGCACUGGGCUAUUUAUUUUUUACUGAACAACGUAGCGAGAUGUUCCUAAAAAAAUUAAUCUUCUUCCUACAAUUGUUUUUAAUAUGAGAGUGGGGAAAUGUCUGGAAGAUUUAUUGGGUUUCUUUGGAAAACUGUACUUGAAACAGGCAACCUUGUGUUUUGGGAAAUAAAAUGUGGAGACAGAGA